AUAAACUAGUACCGGACCUAGUCUCAAAGGUUCUCUGUGGGUUGGCUCGGUGUGCUGUCAUUAAUUGUCAAUUGUCAGUGUCAUUACAUGAAUGUAACUAAUAUACAAUCUGGGUUCUAAUGUUAUUGGUAUAAAUAAUAUAUAUUUAUUGACUACUUUAAAAUUAUUAUAAGGAUAUUACGGUAGUAGGAUUUUAUAAGUGCAAACUAUAAUGGAUACUAGUGAAAACACCCAUGUAAAGUAUUCACUAUCAUGGAGUGACCACCUGCAGGCCGUUUCUAAUGGAUUAUGUUCUCUACAGCAGAAUGAAGAAUUAGUAGAUAUGACAUUAGCUGCUGAUGGGCAUUAUGUUAAAGUGCAUAGAGUAGUCAUGGCAAUGGCGAGUCCCUACAUUAAAGAUCUAAUUUGCUGUAUGAAGUGUAUCCAUCCUGUUAUAUUUUUAAAUAAUGUAAGCUAUAAAACCUUAACAUAUAUUUUAGAGUACAUAUAUGCAGGAAAAGUAGACAUACCAACAGAAUUUAUGGAUGAAUUUUUGAUUGCUGCUAAGUCUCUACAUAUAAAAGGAUUGAAGGAUGUUAAUAUGAAAGAUGAAAACAUUAUUAUUAUUUCCAAUCAAGAUACAGAUGAGGACCAAGAAAGAAUGAGUAAGUGUUACACAAAAGCUGCAACAGAAAAAGAAAGAGCAUUAUUGGAUCCAGAACUUAUAAAAGAAAAUAUGAAGAAGUCAAUGAAAGAAUCUAAGGAAAGUUUAAAAGUGGAGACCAUUGAGGAAGAUGGAGAAAUAAUUAUUGAUAAUGGAGAUACUGAUUUUGAUAUCUCUACGCACUAUACGUUGUCUAACCGCGGAUCCCUUCAGAUGAUACUGAACAAAUUUAUGUAUUAUCUAAAACACACGAAUAAGGAUAAUUCUCGACAGUGGCGUUGUGUUGAUUAUUUAAAGAAAAGUAAAUGUCCGGCACAUAUCUUUACUGAAGGGGACCUGGUUAUUCAGAGAAUAUCGGCCCAUAAUCACAAAACACAUGAAAAUAAAAUUAAAAAAAGGUUUUGCAGUGGAAAAGUUUUUACGACUAUUCGUGAUGCAGAAGAAAAUACAUCAACUAAAAGUACCAAAGAUUGUAGUGAAAAUUAUAUGGAUCAUGAAUAAAAUAUAUUUAAAGAC